UUAAUUCGUGAUCACAGUUUUAAAAUAAUAUGGAAGCGACGGCGAAAAAACUCGAUGGUUACGUUGGAUUCGCUAAUCUUCCGAAUCAAAUAUUUCGAAAGAGCGUUAAGAAAGGCUUUGAGUUCAGUUUGAUGGUCGUCGGUGAAUCAAGGCUGGGAAAAUCUACACUUCUGAAUUCUCUGUUUUUAACGGAUCUUUAUACCGCUGCUACAUUUCCCAGUACUGAGGAAAAAUUAGCACAAACACUCGAGGUGCAAGCUUCAACAGUUAUUUUAAAAGAGGGUGGUGUAAACUUACGGUUAACCUGUAUUGAUACACCUGGAUUUGGGGAUGCCAUUGAUAACACAGACUGUUGGAAGCCUAUAAUUUCUUUCAUCGAAUCGAAAUUUGAAGAAUAUUUAAAUGAAGAAUCAAGGGUGAACAGAACAGCACUUGUGGAUAGUCGUGUACAUUGUUGUCUGUAUUUCAUAGCACCAAAUGGCCAUUCCUUAAAACCGCUGGACAUAGAAUUUAUGAAACGGCUGCACGAUAAGGUAAACAUCGUUCCAAUAAUUGCUAAGGCAGACAGUUUAACCGCGGAGGAAUGUCAAAACUUUAAGAAAAAAAUACUGAAUGAAAUUGGCUCGAACAAAAUUGGCAUCUACCAGUUUCCCGAACUUGGCGUUGAUGACGAAGACUUAAAAGAUGUCAGUAUGACUGUAAGUGAUCGAAUACCAUUUGCGGUUGUCGGUAGCAAUACAGUUGUCGAGGUAGGAGGAAAGAAACUACGGGCCAGAGUCUAUCCUUGGGGUGUAGCUGAAGUUGAGAAUUCGGAUCACUGUGAUUUUAUCGCUCUUCGUAACAUGCUUAUAAGGACUCACAUGCAGGACCUGAAAGAUGUGACGAACGAUGUGCAUUACGAAAUUUGUAAACGUCUUGCUACGGUGACCGUGGGCUCACCCACCGUCACAAGCCGUAGAUCCUUGGGUCUUAGUCCUUUGGAACAGCUUGAGGCGGAGAGGAAGGAACGCGAAAGUAAAAUAAGUAAAACCGAAUCUGAAAUGGAACAAGUGUUCGAGACAAAAGUGAAAGAAAAACGAAAAAAGCUAAAAGAAAUGGAAGCAGAGGUUGGUGUUGAAAAAUGGAAAUUAUAUCUUACACUUGCAGUACCUCAUGAAGAAGUGUAAUUACGUCGGGGGAAGAAAGCAAUAGAAAUUUAGGAAAUAUAGGUUCCUGCAUGAAGUAAUCCUAAGUCCCGUGAAAGCUUAGUUAAUCCGGA